AUGGUUCUACACAUUGCUCAGAACUUGUCUCAGUCAUAUAUUCUGUUUUUGCUUUCCUCUAGCGUUUGGUCGUUUGAGUCAUUCCAGUUCUUCAAGGAGGCGCUCUUUCAGUAUAUCAUUGCACAAAAUGAUGAUUCCGUUGAAAGUGAGUCUGUCUCUGAAUCUGGGGAUAUCGGGGAUAGGGCACUUCACAGCAACAGAAUCAGUGAAAGUGGGAGGAGUAUUUUCUCCUUGGAUAAUGUGGCAGAAAAUGGAAUCGUCGUUCCUAUUCCAGAGGACACUAAUACUUCUUUCCCAGUAACUCCAUCAGCUUUGGAAAACAUAUCUCCCCUUUCUCUUGAUGCAAUUAUUCAAUCUGGAGAAAAAAAGAAAGAUGAGAAAGAAGUUCCUUGGUUGUUGGAGUACAUUACAUGUCUGCUUUCUCUUGUUGUAUUUGGAAUUCUCGGGGUUCUAGGUAGAUAUGGCCUCCAAAAACUGUUUGGACCUGAGGUAGUUGGUGCAACAAGUGAUGGGAGCUACAUGUAUCUUGAUCUCCCUUCGAAUAUGGUUGGUUCAUUUCUGAUGGGUGGGUUAGGAGUUGUUUUCAAAGGAGACCUUUUGAAAAUUUCAGAUGAGCUAGCUAUUGGUUUGACAACUGGUUUCCUUGGAAGCCUUACAACUUUCAGUGGUUGGAACCAAAAGAUGCUUGACCUCAGCGUUGAAGGUCGAUGGGUCUUUGCUGUGCUUGGCAUUCUUAUAGGCUUGUUUCUGGUUGCCUAUUCCAUCAUUUUUGGGAUUGAGACUGCCAAGGGGUUCAAAUGGGUUUACAGACAAUCAAAUAUGAGAUCCUUCUGUGCCAUUAGUAAUUGCUUUCGUGCUUGUAUUUCAAAUUCGUACCGCUGUGUCUUGACAUUUAUGGUGAUGCUUUUGUUGAUGCUGGGCCUCUUAUGGGGUAUAUUUGGAAGUCUAGAGAAGGAUGAGUUUAACACUGGUAGCAGUGAGGCUCAGCUGUUCUUAGCUUGCAUGGUUGGACCUUUUGGUGUCUGGAUUAGGUGGUUCUUGGCUCGUCUUAAUGGGCGUGGCCUAGGAAAAAACGGCAUGGUAAAAUGGAUGCCCUUUGGGACUCUUGCUGCCAAUGUUCUUGCAGCCUGUGUUAUGGCUGCACUCGCCACACUAAAGAAAGCGGUUAAAUCUACGAACUGUAACACUGUUGCAUCCGAGAUCCAAUUCGGACUACUUGGUUGUCUAAGUACGGUUUCAACUUUCAUUGCUGAAUUCCAUGCGAUGAGAGAAAGCACACAUCCAUGGAGGGCUUAUGCUUAUGCAGCAAUUACCUUUUCAAUCUCAUUUGCACUGGGAACCCUUGUAUACUCUGUGCCCGUCUGGGCCAGGGGCUACAAUUAGACAAGAUCACCAGGCUUCACCGUCUUCCUAAGUCGCUGCAAGCAAAGAUCUUAUGUGACAGUGGCAUCACUAUUGUCGGUCAGUCCGACUCGGUCAUUAACAAGAUUGGUGCCAGCUUCACUGCAGUAAACCAUACUGAACUUGAAGUUGCAACUAAACCAGCUGCUGGCAUUACAAGAUGCUGAUAAAUCUUAUUGCAGGAAAUGCCCUUGUUCGUAUAAAUUCCGAGGGGAAUAGCUACACCGAUAUAUUGGCAUUUACAGAACAUAGUCUUCUGUUCUUACUCUGGUUUGUCUUAGGACAUAACAUGCUUCUUUCAAGGCCUUAUUCCCUCCUCCAGUUUAUGGAAAGGGCGGUUUCAACUUCCAUAUGGAGUACU